CCAAACUCACUUCACUUCACUCUCUCUACUGUUCUUUUUAUUUAUUUUCUUUUCCAUCAACUAAACUGACUCUCUCUCUCUCUCUGACAUUUGGAGCCAUUUUCUCUAUUCAUCUCUAGCUAGCUAGCUAGGUCUCCAAGAAGAUUGAUGCAAUAAUGUUAAUAAACUGCACCACAAACAUUCCAUCCAUGCCUCAGCAUCCCAAAGAUGAGCAAAAGACACUAGUUUUCGACGCUUCUCUGCUCCAAAACGAACUCAACAUUCCAUCACAGUUCAUAUGGCCAGACCACGAAAGGCCUUCCCCGGGAGUGCCGGAACUGGCCGUCCCCAUCGUCGACUUGGGCGGCUUCCUCUCCGGCGACACGGCGGCGGCCUCCCACGCGGCGAGGCUCGUAGGCGAGGCCUGCCUGAAGCAUGGGUUCUUCUUAGUCGUCAACCAUGGAGUCGAUGCCUCGCUCAUAGCCGAGGCUCAUCGUUGCAUGGACUCUUUCUUCAAGCUCCCGCUCUGUGAGAAGCAAAGGGCUCAAAGGAAAACUGGAGAGAGCUGCGGAUAUGCGAGCAGUUUCACGGGAAGGUUUUCCUCCAAGCUGCCAUGGAAAGAAACCCUUUCUUUUGCUUACUCUGCUCGCAACAACUCAUCCAGCGUUGUCCAGGACUAUUUCAACCACACUCUGGGCGAAGCUUUCUCCCAAUUCGGGAGAGUUUACCAAGAUUAUGCAAAAGCCAUGAGCAGUGUUUCUUUAGGGAUCAUGGAGCUGCUGGGGAUGAGCCUGGGAGUAAACCGAGCACAUUUUAAGGAAUUCUACGAGGAAAACGAGUCGAUUAUGAGACUAAAUUACUAUCCGCCAUGCCAUAAACCGGAGCUCACCUUAGGGACAGGGCCUCAUUGCGAUCCAACAUCAUUAACCAUCCUUCAUCAGGAUACUGUGGGUGGCCUUCAAGUGUUUGCAGACGAUGAAUGGCGCUCCAUUAGCCCUAAAUAUUCCUCUGCUUUCGUUGUUAACAUAGGAGACACCUUCAUGGCGCUUUCAAAUGGGAGAUACAAAAGCUGUCUGCACCGAGCAGUGGUAAACAACAAAACAAGCAGAAAAUCUCUUGCUUUCUUUCUGUGCCCGAAGAAGGAUAAGGUGGUCAGGCCACCAACUGAACUGGUGGACGCCGACAACCCUAGAAUAUAUCCUGACUUUACAUGGCCGAUGCUGCUCCACUUCACUCAGAAACAUUACAGGGCUGACAUGAACACCCUCCAAGCUUUCUCCUACUGGCUUCAACACAAAACACCUGAUCAUCAGGUGAUGAUCUCGUAGAUAAUUAAUUAAUUAAUUUAUUAAUUAAAAUCCUUAUCAUCAUAUAUCUCUCUUUUUAGUUUUAGUUAUUGCUUAUGAUCUGCCCAAGACAAAUUAAUUAAGCAAGCGCUCUGAUGAGUAAUAGGAAAUGCUAGCUAGCUAGUUGUUGGAGCCACCUUGUGAUUUGUUGCUUUUUACGUACAGUGGUGCUGGUAAUUAAGCUGAAGUUAUAUAGACGACCUGCAGAUAGAUCGGUGGGAUUAAUAAACAUUGAAUUAUCGAGCAAUUUUUUAUAUAUCUUGAUCCGUAAUAUAGAAAUUAUAACUAUUUUCUAUGACUAAAUAACCUAUCUAGACUAUUUGGUAGGAAUUUGGUUACUAUUUUCUUAUAAUAAUAGCUAGGAAGUGUUGGAAUAUCUGCCAAGCAAAUGCAUCCAAAAGAGAAGGAAUGGGCUAGAGUGCAUCAAUCAAGUUCGUUUGAUAGAAUUUUCAUGAUUGCAAUUUGGAUAGUUCUUGUGCAAGUAUAUAUUUUGGUUUUAUUCUUCUUCUAUUAUUUCAUAUCUGG